AUGUUUUCUAAAGCUUUGGGACGUCAAUUUUCUCGUCCUUUUGUCAGCGAGACUACUUUGUCCCAGCCAAUUACUCGUUCCACACUAAUCUCCAACGGGCUGACUGUCGCUACUGAGACUAACCCAUACGCACAAACAGCCACUGUGGGAGUAUGGAUCGACGCUGGUAGUCGGGCUGAGAAUUCAAAAAACAACGGCGCAGCGCAUUUCCUUGAGCAUAUGGCUUUCAAGCUCGAACUUUUUAUUGAAAAUAUUGGUGCACAUUUAAAUGCUUAUACAUCUCGAGAACAAACUGUAUAUUACGCCAAGACUUUUAAACAUGAUGCUGCAUCCGCAGUUGAAAUUUUGUCCGAUAUUCUGCAAAAUUCCACGUUGGAAGAAAGUGCUAUUGAACGUGAGCGAGAAGUCAUUUUGCGAGAACAAGAAGAAGUAGAUAAGCUUCUUGAUGAAGUGGUUUUCGACCACUUGCACGCUACAGCCUUCCAAGGACAUUCAUUGGGCCGUACCAUUCUUGGACCUAAGGAAAAUAUUCUCUCGCUUAAACGAGAAGAUCUUGUCGACUAUAUUGCCAAGAAUUAUACCGCUGACCGCAUGGUUUUGGUAGGAACCGGUGGAAUUGAACAUGAUGAACUUGUUAAAUUGGCUGAAAAGCAUUUUUCUUCUCUCCCUGCAUCGUCAAAUGCCUUAUUCUCUCCAUAUGUCGAAAAGCCUCCGUUCACUGGUUCCGAAGUUCGAGUCAGAAAUGAUGAAUUACCACAGGCCCAUAUAGCCCUUGCUGUUGAAAGCGUUGGAUGGACAUCGCCCGAUUAUUAUACUAUGCUUGUUGCCCAAGCUGUAAUUGGUACAUGGGAUCGCUCUCUUGGUGCUGCCCCUCAUGCUUCGUCUCGUCUUUCUCACAUCGUUUAUAAACACCAUCUCGCAAAUUCCUACCAUGCAUUCAAUACAAGCUAUAGCGAUACUGGAUUGUUUGGCAUUUAUCUUGUUUCUGAAAACAAAACACAACUAGACGACUUGGUACAUUUCGCCUGUAAAGAAUUAUGGAGGUUGCACACAUCAGUCACAGAGGCAGAAGUAGAACGUGCUAAGCAACAACUCAAAGCUUCGCUUUUGUUGAACCUCGAUGGUACAACGGCCAUCGCUGAAGAUAUAGGACGUCAAUUAAUAACAACAGGCAAGAGACACAGUCCGAAGGAAGUUGAAUCUAUUGUAUCCAAUAUCACGGCCAGUGAUGUUCGUCGUUGCGCGGGCGAAUACAUAUGGGAUAGAGAUGUCGCAGUAGUUGGUGUUGGGCCAGGUAUACCUUACUUGAAGUAA